GAUGCCAGGCAAAGGUGCAGAAAUCUGGCAGAGAUUUUUGCAAGUGCUGUAGGAAUCUGAUAUUAAUAUUGACAGGAUCAGCUCUUUUCUGCCUCCUUUUAACUUGCUUGAUACCAGUUGGAAAAGGCCUUUCUCAGUACCUCUGGGAAGAUGGGAGGAGCUGUCCGACAGUGCUCUGGGAGGUGUCUGCUCUGCUGAAAUGCUCCUGCCUUUGGUGGGUGCAGAGAUUUGGGCUGAAAUCAGAUAUUCCUGUGGCUGCUGGUGUUCUGCAGCCUGGCUGAUAUUCCACUCAGCAUUUUUCCCAUUGCUCAUGUUCCUCUGCUCUCUGUUCAGAGCAGACAGAGCAGGUCCCUGCUGCUACUUGCAGGUAGGUUGCUCAGCCAAGCUGCAGAGCACAGGUCAUGCUUAUGGACAGUGAGUGGAAAAUCCCCGUUCUCAUCCUCACUUUGGAUUUAUCCAAGCUCUGUUGCAUCUGUUCGAGUGUGAUUUUGGGGCAGGGUGAGACUGGAGAUGCUUCCUUAGUGCCUCUCCAGGACACUUUUCCAUGGCCUGUGGGUUAUCCCUGGGAAGUUCCCAGGCAGGUGCUGUAGGGGUCAUUGUAGUGGCUCAGGUGCCUGCAGUCACUGUUGGUUGCACAUCUGAUCCAACGUUUAAGGAUAUUCCAGAACUCCUCAAGCUGUUGGUUGUCCCCAUUUUUGGUUUUCCCUGUCUCCAAGUGCUUUCCCAUCGCUCCAUCUGUUACACCUGAAGGUGAUACAUACCCUGAAAAUGAGAAUGAAGCUUCUGUAGGAGUCUCCAGACAGCCCACAAUCCACCAUUAGGAUGGGCUUCCUCCCUUUCCAUCUGGGAAUGAUUGUUUGCCCUAAAACCCAAUAGGAAUAUUUUAUAUGCGAGGUUCCCUUAACGCUGACACGAAUGGUGAGGUGGGAGCAUAUCCCUGCUCUUGGCUUUGAGCAGUGCAGGAUAAAGGGUCAUUGGGUAGACAUUGCUGAGGUUCUCUGAAGAAGGAAUCAUGGAUUCAUAUCCCUGAAAAGUGAGUCCCUCUAUUUCUACCUUAGUGGAAAUGACCAGAGCUUAGCUGCAUUGUUACACAUGGGGAACCUAUGGAGAGGGGAAAUUCAGGGAUACAUGCAGGCCAUGAUUAAGGAUGAGAUAAUGCAGCCUUGAAACAUGAGACCCCAGGAAAUGUGGCAGUUUAUGCCAUCACUCCUGGAAGUACUUGGCUUUGCUUUAUUUAUAAGCACUACAUCAUCUGGAGACCCCAGCUGGACACCUUUUUGACUCUUUGAUCUUCAGGCUUUGUAGUCCAGAAAUGCUGUGCAGAAGAGGUGAAUUUUUGCUGGGAGGAAGCUCCAGGGCUUGGUCCAAGGCUGCUGGAGGGUGAGAGGCUGGGUGGGGUUCAGACCUCAUGGGGCCACAGCCAGUGUUACCCAAAAAAUUUGCCUGCCCUCUCCCACCACCCACCCUCCCAGUUCCCUCUAAUCUCUGUGCCCUAAGGAACACUGACAGGAAUAAAAGGAUCUGAUGGCCACAGCCAAACUUCUGGCUUGCUGGAGCCCAGCUUUAAACUCGGCAGGUCUCCCUGAUGCAGCAGCACAACACUGCUUCAGUCCUGCUGGUUUUGAGACAGCUCCAGCAACUCUGCUCAGCAUCUCCUCAGGGAUCUGGCAUUUGCAAAGAGCCAGGACAGUGCUGUCACAUGUGUGGAAAACAUUAUCCAGAUCCCUGGUUUUAAGAUGGUUUUGGGUUUGGCUUCGGAGUUUCUGUUUGUUUGGUUUUUCAUUGGAAUUUUUGUGGGAUUUUUUUUUUGUUUUAGACUGUAGCUUUUUCUGAGAAUUUAGUCCUGAGUAGCAAUUCCCUGGAUUCUGCUGCUGCUGUUUCUGGCUGCCUGACAGCUGUUGGAUCCAGAGCUGCAGGGAACACCAGGAAGUGCUGUGUCAGGCCCUGAGCAGAGCCUUGGUCAAGGACAGCUCGAGUGUCACCUUUGCAGUGUUUAAAAUGCAGGUGCAGGGUGUGCCCAGCCCCGUGUGCAGGCAGCCUUGUGCCAGGGCUCUCCAGGGAGGUGGGAAUCCCUGGACAAGUCCCCAGUCACAGCUACAUGGCGGGACCCUGUCUCUCUUUGAGCCUCAGUUUCCCUUUCUGUAAAGUGGAGAAAUCACGGUGGUGGUUCUGUAAGGAGCUUGGAGAUUUAGGACUUGUCACCUCCAGACCAGGGAAAACCAACUGCUGGAAACCCCUGAGAGAUUUCACCUCCCAGCAGCUGGCAGUGGGAGCAGCAGGAGUGUGGAAGCCUGGCUGGAGCAGAGCCAUCUCACAGGACCAGGAGCUCUGCGUUGGGGACACCUGUGGGGUGUUCCUUACAAGACUCUUGUCCUGCAGAAAGGGAUUUUUUUUGUCUCAGUAAACCCUUUUUGGCCUGUCUGUCCUCACUGCAGGUGUGUGUCUGUUUAGCCCCUGGACUCUGCUGCUGGCAGUGAAAAUACCAAGACUUACCUUGGACAGAAAGGGGUCUCUUCGUCAGGAUUCUUCUGGAGCAGCUUAUUCCCAGAGCACAGGGCCCCUUGGGCAGGCUGGGACAGCCUGGGAGUGCAAGCAGAACCUGCUAGCUGCAGGGAUGGAACCUGGGAGGAGAGCUCAGUGCCCAGCUGAGCCCUUGGCUUCUCUCAGGGAAACUCCUGCUUGAGCCAGAAGUGCCUCCAUGUGAUGGCAGAGAAGGUGCAGCUCCUUCCUAAGGGUACCUGGCUCCGAAGGAGACUGAGAGCAUCUUGUCAGAUCCACUGGGAUAACAGCAUGAUUGUGCCCUGAAGCGCCAUCGAGUUCCAGCUGAGGUUAAAGAAAGCAAACUCCAGGUGUUUAAGCAGGUUAUUGUUGUGGAAUUCUUGACUUUGCAAACUUGAGCUUAGUGAAAAUCUGUGUAAACAGUGGAAAAAGAGAAAUGAGCCCCUUUUUAAAAGAUAAUAUUUUUAGAAAAUGCUGAACUCUCAUCCAGGAAUGAUUCAAAGGAAUCUGACUUAGUCCUUGCCUCUUCCUCCUGAAAAUCCAGGUUUAAGUGAGUUUAGGUAAACACUUGGACUUAGUGCUGCAGGAGAGUGUUCUCUGAGCCCAGGAAAAUACAUACAAUGAACCUAAUUCCCUUUCUGUCUCCCUUCUUCCCCAGAGCAAGCUUCCCAUGACUAACAGAUGCUGGCCUAGAUUAUGAGCUCAAACAAGAACGCUCGCUACAAUCGAUUCUCCAGUGGCACAACAAACAUCACUCCUUCAGAAAACACUAACGGGACGAGAAUGGAAACAACUUUUGGACCAGCCUACUCUGCUGUGACCACCAUCACAAAGCCUGACGGGACCAACACUUUUAAGCAGCACCGCCGGACCCCGUCCUCCUCCAGCACGCUCACCUAUUCCCCACGGGAUGAGGACGAUGGCAUGCCCCCGAUCAGCACCCCACGCCGCUCUGACUCGGCCAUCUCCGUCCGUUCAUUGCACUCCGAGUCCAACAUGUCCUUGCGCUCGACGUUCUCACUCCAUGAGGAAGAGGAGGAGCCAGAGCCCCUGGUGUUUGCUGAGCAGCCCUCUGUGAAGCUGUGCUGCCAGCUGUGCUGCAGUGUGUUCAAGGAUCCAGUCAUCACAACCUGUGGGCACACGUUUUGUAGAAGAUGUGCCUUAACAUCUGAGAAGUGCCCCGUGGACAAUGCCAAACUGACCGUGGUGGUGAACAACAUCGCGGUGGCGGAGCAGAUCGGGGAGCUCUUCAUCCACUGCAAGUACGGGUGCCGAGCCGCGGCCAGCAGCAAGCCCACCGCCUUCGAGGUGGACCCCCGAGGGUGCCCCUUCACCAUCAAGCUGAGUGCCAGGAAGGACCAUGAGAGCAGCUGUGAUUACCGGCCCGUGCGCUGCCCCAACAACCCCAGCUGCCCUCCUCUGCUCAAAAUGAACCUGGAGGCACACCUCAAGGAGUGCGAGCACAUCAAGUGUCCCCACUCCAAGUACGGGUGUACAUUCAUAGGAAACCAAGACACUUAUGAGACCCACCUGGAGACGUGCAAGUUCGAGGGUCUGAAGGAGUUCCUGCAGCAGACAGACGAUCGCUUCCAUGAGAUGCAGGUGGCAAUGGCCCAGAAGGACCAGGAGAUCGCCUUCCUGCGCUCCAUGCUGGGGAAGCUCUCUGAGAAAAUCGACCAGCUGGAGAAGAACCUGGAGCUGAAGUUUGAUGUUCUGGACGAGAACCAGAGCAAGCUGAGCGAGGACCUGAUGGAAUUCCGCAGGGACGCCUCCAUGCUGAAUGAUGAGCUCUCCCACAUCAAUGCUCGGCUCAACAUGGGCAUCCUUGGAUCCUAUGAUCCUCAGCAGAUCUUCAAGUGCAAGGGGACCUUUGUGGGCCACCAGGGCCCUGUGUGGUGUUUGUGUGUGUACUCCAUAGGAGACUUGCUCUUCAGUGGCUCCUCAGACAAAACCAUUAAGGUGUGGGAUACCUGUACCACAUACAAGUGCCAAAAGACCUUGGAGGGUCAUGAUGGAAUUGUACUGGCUCUCUGCAUCCAGGGGAACAAGCUGUACAGUGGCUCUGCUGACUGCACCAUCAUUGUCUGGGAUAUUCAAAACCUGCAGAAGGUGAACACGAUCCGAGCACACGACAAUCCUGUUUGCACUUUGGUCUCCUCACACAACAUGCUCUUCAGUGGCUCCCUCAAAGCCAUCAAGGUCUGGGAUAUUGUAGGUACUGAGCUCAAGCUGAAGAAGGAGCUGACAGGUCUCAAUCACUGGGUGCGAGCGCUGGUGGCUUCCCAGAACUAUCUCUACAGUGGAUCCUACCAGACCAUCAAGAUCUGGGACAUCCGCAACCUGGAGUGUGUCCACGUGCUGCAGACGUCCGGGGGCAGCGUGUACUCCAUCGCCGUGACCAACCACCACAUCGUGUGCGGCACCUACGAGAACCUCAUCCACGUCUGGGAUAUAGAAACAAAGGAACAGGUCCGCACGCUGACAGGGCACGUGGGGACGGUCUAUGCCCUCGCUGUCAUCUCCACACCAGAUCAAACCAAAGUCUUCAGCGCGUCCUACGACCGGUCGCUCAGGGUGUGGAGCAUGGACAACAUGAUCUGCACCCAGACGCUGCUGCGGCACCAGGGCAGCGUCACCGCCCUCGCCGUGUCCCGUGGCCGCCUCUUCUCCGGCGCUGUGGACAGCACUGUAAAGGUCUGGACGUGCUAGUCAGAGCUUCACACUAGUCCUGCACACUGAAAGACCAAAAACUCUCCCCUCCAUCGGCCUGUGGGUGACCACAUCCUCUGAAAUGACUGCUGCAGCUCCUCCUGCACCAACCACUGCCUGCUGCUGCCCCUUGGCCGGCCCCCCCCGCAGGGAUCCCGGCUGGCGGCUCUCCCGAUGGGUCUGCCCCAUGGAUGCUCCAGAUGUUCCCCUAGAUCUGCCCUAGAUGAUUGGAAAAGCAGAGGAAGCAUAUCCAGUGCCUUCCUCUGCCUGUGUCCCCCCAGCUGGGGACACCCCUGGGGCCGGGGCUGGGGUGACUCUGGGCCCCAGGGCUCCAGGCCGGGCGAGCACAGCCCUUGGCCAGUGAUGGGACUGGAUGGAUCAGCAUGUCCCAGUGGUGACACUGGGAGGCUGCUCCCCUGGCCGUGGUAGGACUGAGCAUUAGGCCCUGCCCUGGGUGGGCACCCGACCCCUUUCUGUCUCUAGUAUUUAAUUUUACUGCCAAGGUGCCGGGGCCGAUCCAUCCGGGAAGAGGUAUUUCCUUGAGUAGCCAGGUACGAUUUUUAUGCCACAGCUAGUUCUCAAAUCAAGUUCCACAAGCCCAUUGUUCACCACCCUGUAAUUAUGGUCUCCACAUUAAAGACAAAAAGCCUCCGUUGCAUUUUUACUCACAUUUUCUACUGUUUUUAAGAUUGUAAUAUAGAUUUGAUUAUUUCUUCAUUGACAAUAAAAGCAGAAAGAGUUGU